AUGCGCAAGUUUAUACGUGCAGCUACGGCUGGAAUAGUGUUUAUGUCUACUGUGUUGUUGCUGCUUCACGUUUCAAAGCUGGGAAGUCAAAAUGAACUGAAAGCCAGAAUGGGGCGUUCGGCGCGGUGGGCUGCAGAGGUCUCUCCAAACCCGGCCGUCAUACAACCAUCUACACAAAGUCAUGUGACUUCUGAAAAACGACAAAAAGUUGUUGAAAUGAUGAAGCAUGCCUGGAACAAUUACAAACUGUACGCGUGGGGAAAGAACGAGCUGAAGCCUAUUUCGAAACGAGCUCACCUUACUAGUGUAUUCGGCGGUGGUGACCUUGGCGCUACCAUAGUCGACGGCAUGGACACCCUGUACAUCAUGGGCCUCAUGGAUGAAUUCAGAGAGGGUAGAGAUUGGAUAAAUGAACACUUCCACAUCUUCGAAAUCGACUCCGACCUAUCUGUAUUCGAAACGACGAUACGCUUUGUGGGGGGUCUCCUCUCGUGUUACGCUUUGACCGGGGAUACCAUGUUCCGCGACAAGGCCCAGGAAGUCGCCGACGCAUUGUUGCCAGCCUUCGACACACCCACCGGACUGCCGUACGCUCUCAUCAACCCAUCUAAUAAGGCAAAUAGACAAUACCACUGGGCGGGCGCAAACAGCAUCUUAUCUGAAGUGGGAACUCUUCACAUGGAAUUCACAUAUUUAAGCGACGUCACAGGCAAAGAAGUUUACAGGCAAAAAGUAGAUCGUAUUCGACAAAUACUUCACAACAUUCAGAAACCAGAUGGUCUGUACCCGAACUACAUCAAUCCUCGAACCGGACAGUGGGGACAAAGACACACAUCGCUCGGAGCGCUCGGGGAUUCUUUCUACGAGUAUCUCCUAAAGGCCUGGUUGGUUUCCAACAACGAAGAUGAACAAGCAAGAAUAAUGUUCGAUGAGGCGAUGCAGACGGCGUUAGACAAGAUGCUCAGGAUAUCACCCACGGGCCUCGCGUACCUUGCCGAAGUGAAGUAUGGCAGAAUAUUUGAGGAGAAAAUGGACCAUCUCUCAUGUUUUGCUGGUGGCAUGUUCGCUCUGGCCUCAACCAGUCUACCGAACUCUAUGUCGGAGCGCUACAUGGACGUGGCGCGCAAGCUGACGCACACCUGCCACGAGAGCUACGCGCGCUCAGAGACCAAGCUCGGCCCCGAGGCUUUCAGAUUCUCCGGGGCCGUGGAGGCCAGAGCGAUGAAGAGCACAGAGAAGAUGUACCUGCUGCGGCCGGAGACCUUCGAGAGCUACUUCAUCAUGUGGCGCCUCACCAAGGAGCAGAAGUACCGUGAUUGGGGAUGGGAGGCUGUUCAGGCGCUAGAGAAGCACUGCCGCGUGGAGGGCGGCUACACGGGGCUGCUCAACGUGUACCACGCGGCGCCGCAGGGCGACGACGUGCAGCAGAGCUUCUUCCUCGCCGAGACGCUCAAGUACUUAUACCUACUGUUCUCGGACGACUCGCUGCUGUCCCUCGACGAAUGGGUGUUCAACACGGAGGCUCACCCGUUCCCUAUAAAGAGCAAGAACCCCCUCUACCGGCUCGCUGAGAAACCCAUUGACAGCGAAGAUAAUCAGGCGGUCAAAAGC